AUGUGUUUGGCAGCAGGUGAGAAACCUGGAAACGAGCCUGAAGAAGUGAAGCUGCAGAAUGCCAGCAAGCAGAUUGUGCAGAACGCCAUCCUGCAGGCUGUGCGGCAAGUCUCCCAGGAGAGCCGGCGGAGGGACGCCAGAAGCAGUGACAGCCGCGGUUGCUUCCAGCUGGGUGUGGGAGAGUUAACCAAGAAGCACGAAAAGAAGUAA